UUAAAAUCGCCACCGUAAAUUAGGUGACAUGAAAGAUCAAAACCUGCUCUGCUCUGCUCUGACUCUUCCUCUUCUCUCUACUUAAAACCUUAAGAGUAAACCCUGGGCCAAUGACCGGCGCUGGAGAAGACGCGCCGGCCCCGCUGGAGUCUAACGGCGGUGAAUUCUUGCUAUCUCUCAUCCAAAAGCCCCGGCAGCAGCAAACCUCACAGCAGAGUUUACCCAGUGGGUCCACUCCCAUUACUCCAAAGACUCUCCAUCAACAAUCUCUCGUUAUCGAUCCCGCUGUUGCGGCUGUUGGCCCCAGUAUAGCCUUACCGCCGUCACCGUGGCCAGCCAAUGGUUACGAUCUUCCUUCUCCAGUUGUCCAUCCUCCCUGGUCUCACCCUCUCGCCCCGCCUUUCCCUCCCGGUUUCUUAGGGUUCCCUCAAUUUCCGGGGAACCAUCUCUCCCCGAACCAAUUCCCGGGAAAUCAAAGGGUCUUGCCCGAGGAUCUUCACAAAUUGGGGUUUCAUGGAAACGCAAAGUACGGAAUUCACAACCUAGCCCAGCACAAGCAGCAGGAACAGCACAAGCUUGUGUUUGGCUCCUUGCCGAACAACAGUGUUCAGAGCCGUGAUGGAUUACUAAACGGAAGUUUACCAGAAAACUCCAAGUUCAAUUCAGUCAAAGACCUCGAGCACGAAGUGAGGAGUCGGCAGUUGAUGAAUUCCAAUUCCAGCCCAAACUCAUCUCAGCAUUGGAGUUUCGAUUCUGGUGAGCGGGAACGGAGAGGAGGAGUCGGAGGAGGAGGCAGCGGCAGAGGAGGCAGCGGCAGAGGAAAGCUGCAGCAGAGUGGGCAUUAUAAAUCCACGCCACCUCCUGGAUUCUCCAACAGGCAGAGAGGAGGCCAUUGGGAAUUUGGGACUAAUGAUAACAAUAGCAGGAGGAGGGGACCGGACCGUAAUGUGGGUAGGGCAAAGGGGGACAUGAGUGAACUGAGUAAUAGAAGUUCUCAGGCCGACAUUGAAGAAGAAAGAUUAAGGAGAUCAUCUAUUGUAGAUGGUAAUGAUGUCGGGCUCAGUGGACAGUUCAAUCACCCUGGUCUGCCUGCCGGGAGCAAUCUGCAUUCUGUUUCAGCAUCUGACGUUGAAGAUUCAAUGUUGGAGUUGCACUUUGGGGUUCCUGAAGAAGCAGAUGGAGAGGGUUACGAGAGGGAGGAGAGGUUGAGACGGGAAGGUGAAGAACUUGUUGAUUCUUUAUUGCUGGAGGGGGAAACCGAAGGAAGGGAUGAGAAGAGGCAGCAUCGAAACUUCCGUGAAAAGGAAUCCCGAGUAGAUAGCCGGGGACAGCGUCUGCUUAGCCAAAGGCUGAGAAACUUAAGAAGGCACAUUGUAUGUCGCAGAGACAUAGAUAGCCUAAAUGCUCAUUUUCUUUCAAUUUACGAGUCUCUGAUGCCUCUGGAGGAAGAAAAAGCAAAGCAAAAGCAAUUGUUGAAGUUGUUGGAGAAAUUAGUUCGUGAAGAAUGGCCUGAAGCUCGGUUAUUCCUUUAUGGAUCAUGCGCUAAUUCAUUUGGAGUUUCUAAAAGUGACAUUGAUGUUUGCCUUGCAAUUGAGGACACAGGUACUAAAAAGUCCGAGAUAUUGUUGAAGCUGGCAGAUAUUUUGAAAUCAGACAAUCUCCAGAAUGUGCAGGCAUUAACUCGUGCUAGGGUCCCUAUAGUAAAGCUUAUGGAUCCAGUGACUGAACUAUCAUGUGACAUAUGUAUAAACAACAUUUUGGCUGUUGUAAAUACAAAGCUUCUUCGUGAUUAUGCACAAAUAGAUUCAAGAUUAAGGCAGUUGGCUUUUAUUGUGAAGCACUGGGCAAAGUCCAGAGGAGUUAAUGAAACUUAUCAGGGAACCCUAUCCAGCUAUGCGUAUGUUUUAAUGUGCAUUCAUUUCUUACAGCAGCGCGAACCUGCUAUCCUUCCAUGCUUGCAGGGUAUGGAGGUAACUUACUCUGUUACCAUAGAAGAUGUUGAAUGUGCUUUUUUCGACCAAGUUGAAAAGCUUCAAAAUUUUGGAUCCCAUAAUAAGGAAACUAUUGCUCAGUUGGUAUGGGGUUUUUUUAAUUAUUGGGCAUAUUGUCAUGAUUAUGCAAAUUCAGUCAUAUCUGUCCGAACAGGAAGCAUAAUCAGCAAGCGAGAAAAGGACUGGACAAGGAGGAUCGGAAAUGAUCGACAUUUAAUAUGCAUAGAGGAUCCAUUUGAGAUAAGUCAUGACCUGGGUCGAGUGGUAGACAAAUUCAGCAUAAAAGUUCUGAGGGAGGAGUUUGAACGUGCUGCCGAAAUUAUGCAGUAUAACCCUAAUCCUUGUGCAGCUCUUUUUGAACCCUAUAUUCCCGGUUAGAUAGUACUUAAAUUUUGGGUAUAUCAGAUGUAAUUAUGUAGUAAAUAAUUGAGUAUGUAGAGUUCCCAGAGCGGGCUUUGCGAUAUGUAUUCAAGGGUUUUUUUUUUCUUUCUUCUAAAUUAUCUUGGGGCUGUAUGGGCUCCUCGGUAAAUAACAAGCUACUGGGUUUUAUCGUAGAAUAUCUCCAAUUAAGAUUUCUAGUUUGUUGCUUAUUUUA